AUGGGCCAGGGGGGCAAGGCGAACCAAUUGUACGAUACUCGGGAUCACAAACAUUUGCAACCAUUUCUACUUUUUGCUCAUGCCUUUGCGGGCUGCGACACUACUAGCUGCUUUUUUGGGAAAGGGAAGAUGAAGCUGGUGAAGUUGCUGCCGCAGAACGACAGCAUUAGAGCGCUGGCGCUGAAGUUUUACGAGCCGGACUGCUUGGAAGACGAAUUGCUGCAAUGUGCAGAGACGAUUACUCUCGCACUAUACAAAGAACAGUAUUCUUCUCUCGGGACUUUCAGAUACAAUUUGUUUCCUACAAACUUAGCAACGGCAAAAAAGGAAACGCCCCUAAAAUGUCUCCCACCAACAUCUCCUGCCUUGCUUCAGCACUGUAAACGAGUGUACUAUCAAAUCCAGGUGUGGCUUCAGCAUAGAUUAGAUCCCUGCUUGUGGGGAUGGACAAGACAGGCUAAUAUUCUCAUUCCGAUCAUGUCUGAAGCAGAUCCCGCACCAAAAGAACUGUUACAAGAGGUUUCCUGUGGAUGCCAAGGGCCCUGCAAAUCGAAGCGAUGUAACUGCCGAAAAGCCGGUCUAAAGUGCAACCCUGCUUGCAAAGUAUGCCGCAGAAAAUCGUGCAACAACUCAAAGAGAUGGACUGCUACAGAACACCAUGAUAGCGAAACUCCGACUACUACAGAUGCAUGUGAGGAGGACGGUGGACAAACUACCGUAGAACUCGAUAAUGAUGACUUAACAGAAGAUGAUGAGACCUCAUCAAGCAGCCACGAUGCAACGACCGAUGACGAGGAAAUUAACGAAGGACUUUAA